AUGCUGGUCUCCCUGCUCUUCCCCCAAGCGAGCCGGUCUCUCCGAUGCCUCAUCCAGGACGUGCGCCGUUGCCGAUGGGGGUUGCGUGGCCAGAAAAGGUCUGGCUGUCCCCGCAGGGGUCUGCAAACCACCCGGGCAGCCUACAGCAGUGACGUUACCCCCGUCUUCACUAGGGCUUUGGCUUUCGGUGAUAAAGUCGCUAUCAUUGACCAAAGCGGCGAGCACACUUACAGGGACCUUCUCAACCAGAGCCUGCGCUUGUCCCAGGAGAUCUGUAGAGCCCUGGAGUGCUCCAGCAGGGACUUGAAGGAAGAGAGGAUCUCAUUUUUGUGUCCCAAUGAUGCCUCGUAUGUGGUGGCCCAGUGGGCUUCCUGGAUGAGCGGGGGCAUAGCGGUACCCCUUUACAAGAAACACCCCGUGCAGGAACUGGAGUACGUGAUUCAGGAUUCGCAGAGCGCUCUAGUCAUCGCGGCAGAGGAAUAUGUGGGGAAAAUAGCCCCUAGCGCUGAGAAGCUGGGAGUCCCGCUUCUGCCGCUUCUUCGGUCUCAUAGUGAUGGAUCCGCAAGUCAUGCAGCAGUGGAAGAGGGUCCCUUGACAACCUGCUCCUCCUGGAAAGACAGAGGAGCCAUGAUAAUCUACACCAGUGGGACGACGGGAAGACCGAAAGGUGUCCUCAGCACCCAUGAGAACGUGCAAGCCGUGACCACAGGGCUGGUUGAAAAAUGGGAGUGGAAGAAGGAGGAUGUUAUUCUGCACGUGCUGCCUUUACAUCAUGUCCACGGGGUGAUCAAUAAGCUCCUCUGUCCUCUCUGGGUGGGAGCGACAUGCAUCAUGUUACCCGAAUUCAGCGCACAGAUGGUUUGGAAGAAGUUCCUAAGCUCCCAAGCUCCCCGUAUCAGUGUCUUCAUGGCAGUGCCCACUAUCUAUGCCAAGCUGAUAGAGUAUUACGACAAGCAUUUCUCUCAGCCGCAAGUCCGGGAUUUUGUGCGUGCCUUUUGCCAGGAGAACAUCAGGUUAAUGGUGUCGGGCUCAGCAGCCCUGCCUGUGCCUGUCCUGGAGAAGUGGAAGAGCAUCACUGGGCACACGUUGCUGGAGAGGUAUGGGAUGACUGAGAUCGGGAUGGCGCUUUCUAACCCUUUGCAUGGAGUCCGUGUCCCAGGUUCUGUGGGCACCCCGCUUCCAGGGGUGGAAGUGCGCAUUGCCACUGAGACCUUGAAAAACGGUGGUCGCUCCUACACCGUCCAUGCUCAGGGAGAUGAAGACAGCACACAGAAACGGCUAACCACCCCCCGCGAAACCGGCUACCCGGGGUCUCCUUUCCUGCCACGUCUCCUUUGCACCCUCAUUGCGGGUGCAGGUCACGUCGCCUCCAGCAGAUCGAUAGCCAG